ACUCGACUUAAUAACUAGCUUAUUCUUCGAAGUAAAUCAAUAUUUAUUGUGAAAUCAUUUCGAUUCAUGUGUUUACUCUGGAGGAAGGAGGAAAUGAUGUCAGGGGUAAUGAGUGUUCGAGAUGAAAACAAUAAAUUCGGAUGGGGUUAAACAGCAUUGUGGUGACAUCUGUUGAGGAAGAAGGAAACACGAGAGACGAUGUGAAUCAAAUGAGAAGAAUCACUAAUAGAUUGAAUUCCCGCCAAAAUAAGAUAAUGGAUUUUAGAACUCCUGAGGAUUUAUUUAUAUUCUAGAAAUAUUAUUUCCACAUUAUUUCUUAAAGAAAUAGAAAUUCAACAUGAAGUUCAGGUGCAAAAUGACGGACAGCCUCGCAAUGAAGGAUUUUACGAGACUCAUUUUUUUCCACAGAUAUCAUUGGUGCAAUAGCAAAAAUCUCAAAAUUCUGCGUUCUCCAAUUGACUCCGCACGAGGUUUGCUUCACGGUUUUUGAUGAUCGGCAACCCAUGGUAUGGGCAGAAUUAUCCAGAGAUCAUUUCUUCAGUGAGUACCUCGUGGAAGGUCUCUCCUCAGAGAACAAAAUUUGUCUGGAAUUUGACGCUGUCAUGCUGUCAAAGUCACUGACUUCGUUGAAACAAAGUGCUACAAGCGUGAAGAUCAAGUUGACGAAUAAACAGCAACCCUGUUUGACGCUGGAGAUUGAAUUGUGCUCAGCAACUUCUGAUUCUUGGCACUGUGUCCAUGAUGUGCCCAUCAGAAUGGUGGCCCGAAAGGAGUGGCCUAGUUACCAUCCCCCAGACAUCCCCGCAUUUCAUAUAUCAUUAGACCUCCCUCAAUUAAAACACCUAAAGAAUGUAGCAGAAAAAAUGAAAAACCUGAGUCCCCUGUUGUCAAUAUUCGCCAGCAACGACGGAAUAUUAAUCCUAAGAAUCGAAACAGACUCUGCCUGUGUUUCCACACACUUUCCAAGCCUCGACAUUCAUCAAGAAAGUGAGACAGGGGAGGAGAGGAUCGCAGUGACUGUUGAUAUUAAGAAAUUCCUAAUGUUUCUUGCUUGGGACUCUGUUCACCCAGAAACUGUCAAGUGCAGUAUUCUUCGCGAUAAAUUAGUAUAUCUGCAUCUGAAUUUAAAUGAUAAUUUUAAAAUUCAUUACUUCUUACCCGCCACUGUGUUAUAGAAUAACAAUUUUUUUAUAAUAUAAUUUAAUAAAAGCAAAGUUAUUUUUGUAAAUAUAUGUUUUUU